UCCCCAACAACUACCCUAUGAAGUAAGAACGUGUUUCACGUAACAUUAAAAAAAAAAAAAAAACCAAUCUUCUUCUUGUCCACUUAAACUUCAUCUCCGACCACCGGAAAACAAACAAAAUGACCGAAUAUCAACCAACACCUACACCUCUAGCUCCCUUCAUAAUCCACAACUUUAUAAUCCCCUUAAUCAUAUACACAAACAAAUCCCUCAAACACUUAACCCGUAAAUUCAAACUUUUCGAAAUCAUUAGUUACACUAUCGUCACUAGUUUCUUAUUCUUCCUCAAAAUCAUCCGCUCCUUCAUCCCUUCUGUUUUCAAUUAUAAUUCUAUUCCAGAAUCGGAAUCUGAAUCGUCAGAUUCCGAUUCUGACAGAUAUCAUUGGAUUCCGUUUCUAAAAGGGUACGGACAGUGUACGGAUGUUGGUGAUAUUGGUAGUUUCGAGGGUGACACGUGCAUCGCACGUGCGCUUUAUCAGUUGCUUGCAAUACAUAAUGAGAUACCAGUCAGUUCAAGAAAGUACGAGGUUGUCAGAUCGUACGCCGAGAAAUUGAUGGAUGAAAAUCUCGGGGUCAGCUGCGAGCCGUUGCGCCAAGUGAACGCCACGGUGCUCUCUGGCGCGUUUGCUCGGGCGCUUCGACAGUUGGAGGUGGCGGUGGCUGAGGGGGAUUGUGGUGAGGUGGAUUCCGGUGUGGAUGUUGUAGAGAAGAGUGGUGGUGGUGGUGGUGGUUGUUUUGGGUUGAGCCGGGUGGUGAGGACGGCUGGCUAUUUUGGUGGCGCGGCUUGGACUAGGUUUGUGAAAAGGAAAAGUCGGCUUGGGGUUUCGGCUGAGAAGCUGGCGGCUGAAUUGCUUUGGCUUGCGCAGAAGCUUUCGGCUUGUGGGAGUGGUGAUGAAGCUGUACGGCAAUGGGCUUCGGCUUCUAACUUGGCUUCGGUGUCUCUCACUACUCAACUGCGGCUGCAAGGAUCUUUAGUUAAACUUUCAGUGUAUUUGUUCAAGCAAGCGGCAAGUAUGGGAGGCAAAGAUGAUGAUGAGGGCACCAUGGAGGAACUAAGGAAAAUCAAGAUGAAAAUGUUAAUGUCAUGGAUACCAUUCUUGUGUCGAUCAAGUAUUGGCACAGACGCGCCUGUACUAAGUUUUAAUGAGAAAGCCGAGCUCGAAAAUGUCUUAGGCGAGCUCAUAGGAUCUUUAAAACACGAAGACGAGCAAGAAAAGGUGUUGUCUUUAUGGCUCCACCACUUCACUCAUUGCUCAUCUUCCGACUGGCCCAACCUUCAUCUUUACUACGACCAUUGGUGCAUCAUAUCCCGAAAGCUCUUGAUUCUCGACAGUAAAUAAUUUUAAGCAAACAAGAAGGUGCACAGGUUGUUCCAUGGAAGGUACAGGAAAGACCAUGAUUUUCUAUAAAAUGUUAUAUAUGUAGCUUUUUUAUAUGUUACUAUAUUGUGACAUUAUACGUAUUAAAAGUUGUUAAUCUGUAUGUGACCACAGUAUAUGUUUAUUAAUUGUGUAAUUAAUGUUCAUGCAAUAAAUAAAAUGCUCAAUGUCACACAUUCCAUGUUAAAAA